AUGCACUACACCCAGUUACAUGCGGCUUACUCAAGCAUGAGUGGUAGCGCGGUUCAUUCAGAUGCUGACAAGCAGAUUCAACAGCUCCAAUCAGCGUUGGCUGUGCUUGUUGAGGAGAAAACGUCAGUGCAGUCGGAGCUGCGCAAUGUAAAGAAUGAUUUAGAGCAAGAACGAAUCCUAAAUGAAAGCCUGUCGGCGAAUAUGAAGUCUGUCUGUGGUGAUGAAUCCAAAAAGCUGCAAGCACGUUUGAUGGAAUGUGAGCAUCUUCUAUCUGCUCGCAGCAUUGAACUUGAUGGCCUUAGAAGAAGUGAAGCAAACGCUCAAGCGCAACUUCUAACCGUUCAACAUGAAAGAAGUGAGGCGCAAGCUCGCCUCAAAGCGAUAGCUCGUGAGAAGGAAGUGCUCGAAUCGGAAUUGAAGCAAGUGAGGAAGGAACUUCAUAUGAAAGAAAUCUAUCUGAAGCAGCUUGGUCCUCAUGGAAUUGUGAAUAACUUCAGCGACGAAGGCACUAUCAAAGCAUUGCAUGACCGAAUUGAUGCUCUCCAAACCCAAGUUGGACUUCUCACCAAUGAGCGAGACCAGAUGCAUCACAACAGCCAAGAGCUCAGUCGUCAUUACGAACUUUGUCGGUUGGAAUUUGUAAACACACGCGAUAAGAUCGCCAGCGAGCUCGCAGAAGCAACAUCUGAGCGGGAUGCAGCUUUAUUACGGGUCAAGGAAUUGGAAAACGACGUUUCUGUCUUACAAAAGGAACAAAAUCAAUAUAGACCGGUUAUACCAUCUUUAAACAGUGGACAACAGGAGUCAGAUGCUAUAACAUUCACCGAGGAAGACGUUGUGUAUAAAGUCAACGAGGCAAAAAGACGAGCAGAUGCUGAAUGGCAGCAGAAAUUCGAUGAAGAGGGGAAAGUGGUAGAUUCGAUGUUGAGAAAUAAGGUGGAUCGCUCAAACUUCAAACCUAGGAUCAUCUAUUUUUGGACUAUUCCUUUCCAGGAUCAGCUCAUUUUCGAACGCGAGCAAACGAUAAGCGAACUUCAGAUGCGUCUGCGACUACUCGAAGAGCGAUCCGCUGAAACACGUGCGAGUGGAUCGGAUCUGUUGUCCCUCUCUGAACAACUACAAAACGAGAAAGCUACCGUAUCACGCGCUGUCGCUCAAAAUAGGGAGCUUAAAGAACAGCUUCUCGAAACGGAAGAUAGAUUGGUGGCACUCACUGAAGAGAAACUUCAAUCCGAAUUAGCCCGUCAAACAGCAGAGCACCAGGUGAAAGAACUUAUGAAACGGAUCGACAACGAGGUUUCACAUUCCGAUUCCGGAUCAGUUCAGCUGCAAUCAUCUGGUAGAAACGAUGCUCUUGAAGAGGUCCUACAUCCGGCUAUGUCCCUUGAGCCAUCCCGAUCCCGCGAGGAUUGGGAGGAAUCGUCGGAACGAAACCGAUCCGAAAAUGCUGCAGCUAGCAUAUUCCAGAUACGCGCUGAUUUGCGACGCAGUCAUACGCGAAAUGAAGAAAUGAAUCAAAUUUUACGGCAGAAUGCAGAAGACGAAAAUCAAAAUUCGAUUCAUGUAGAACUUGGUCAAGCCGUCGCACGAAUACAUGAGUUAGCAGCUGAGAAUCAGCAACUGCGAGAGGUACUUUAUAUGCUUCUGAACUCCUUGUCAAGCGGCGUGGGUAGUGAGGAAUGGGCUCGAUCAGAAUUAGAAAAACGGUUCGCACAGGCGAUGUAUAGCAAUGCGGAACUUCGCGAAACAUUAGACUCUUUGGAACAUAUCAAUAUGCAACUUCAGGUUUGCUCACAUUAUUGCGAUUGUUUGAUCAUCAGUCUCCUCGAGAACGACACUAUUGCUGAUCAUGUAAUACUCUAUCAACAUCAACGUCGUUUGAUCAGAGAACGAUUACGUGCCAAAGAUGAACAGCUGGCAGCAAUGGAAACAGACAGGAUGCGUACAUUGGAAAGAUGCAAAGAGCUACAACAGGCACUCAUGGAUGUACUUGCACGAACUGGAGCGUUGAAGAUCGAAGCAAUACAGGAAUACGAAAUCAAAGAUCGGUCCCAUUCAAACCAUGCUAAACGACCGAAAAGGAAGGUGGCAAGGUCAUACAGCCAUAGUACAGUAGACGAGUUCAGUGGAGAUGAGGAUGUGAUUGUGAACGGUUCAGAGAUGGAGGUGCCGCCACGAUCGUCUAUGGAUUCUGUAGACGAGAACAGGGCAAGCGAAGAAGGUCGAAGUGAGUCAGUGGGAUCAGAGGAAAUGAACGGGCAGUCAGAGAUGGAGAAAACGCAACGAGCGGCUACGCCAAGUUCCGUGCCGGAGACGGAUGCUGCGGUGCGGAGGAUCUUGCAGAUAAUCACUGAUAUCAGUGUAAGUUGA